AUGGUCCUGCAGGGGUUCUUCCACGGUCCUGGCAGCUUGCCCUGGGAGCAGCUGAAAGACCACACUCCAGACUGGGACUUGCUUGCUGCAGGGAUUCCUGAGGAGGAUAUUCGGUCCUUUGUCGCCGCCAAGAUGGAGCACUUGAAGCUGCACGACGAGCGGCUAAAAAAGACGGAGAUCACAUACGAUGAGAUGCUGGCUGGAAAGUGGUCUAUUCAAGGGUUUAUCGACGAGGUCGAAGCCCCAUACAAACAUGCUGCAGAGAUUCCUGAGGAGGCUUCGGCGGACGAGCCCCACGACGAGGAGCCUGCCAAGACCGCCACCCUCGCUGGCGUCUGCGCUCGGUUCAACCAGCGACGAGGGAGAACAGACUCCAUGUCGACUAUUCCGGCACCCACCGCCAUUGAUGGCCGCUCGCGGGACGGAUCGUGGGGCUGCAUUUAUGGGCGCAAAUCGUAG